AUGCAGCCGAUCACCGCCCCCCGGGCUGGCCUGGCUUCCUCCAGGGCUCAGAAGAACUGGGCUCGCGAGGGGGUCUUCUCGACGAUGCCAGGCUCGCGCGAAGCGUGGGCCGCGAGGUCGCUGAGAUCAAGGCCAUGGAGAAUCCAUCGCAGUUUGCUUUCAGCCCCGCCGGGACGACCUUGGCUCCUGUAG